AUGCCAGUCCAUUUCUUUGCCUCGGCAGUAUCAUCUGCCGUCCCUACCGAGUACUGGGCAACGAUCGCCGCCUCGUGCAUUGCUAUCUCAUUCCUCAAAACCUGGUUCAAGGGCGCAAAACUACUCGACCCCCCUUCACCCCCGGCGUCAACCUCUCCUCCAACACCCCCAGAAUCGCAGUUCACAGACCUGCACGGCCGUGUCGUCCUCGUUGCCUCCGGCGCGUUCACCCCGCUCGGCGUCGUCACGCUCUCGGCGCUUGCACACCGCGGCGCGCAGAUCAUUGCGCUGCACCCCGACAUCUCGGCCCCGGAUGUGGUACAGCUGAUCCAUCUCAUCCGCGACUCUACGCAGUCCGAACUAAUCUAUGCGGAACAGUGUGAUUUGGGCUCCUUGGAGAGCGUGUCUGCCUUUGCGGCGCUCUGGAACAGUGGGGACAAGAAGCAGCAGGAGGCGGUGAGGCGAUUGGAUGCGUUGCUGUUUUUGCCUCCGGGGCGCGAGGAGUUGCACUCGGUGCAGUUGGAUGAAGGCGGACGGGCAGGUGGGGGGACGAGGAGGCGCGAGGCCAUCUAUCAGCUGCAUGUACUGGCUCGAUUUCAUCUGGUCAAUUCGCUGCUGAGCAGUUUGCUCGUGCAGCCGCCCGAUCGAGAGGUGAGGAUCGUCAGCGUUGUCUCGCCGUUCUACGCUGCGGGGUUGACGCACUUUGAUGUGCUUGCGCCUCCACCCACAUCCAGCAACCGUGGCAAGAAGGACGAGUCAAGAUCGAGCGCGGCUAAGGCGCCGACGCUGCAGACGCUCUCGGAGUCGAGCUACUCGGCACUGGUCGGCGCGGCGUCGCUACGAUGGCAUGCGUUGACGGUGGAACUGCAACGGCGUGUAGACUUGCUCGCUGAGGCCGACCCACGACCAAAAACCAAGCUGCCGGGCAUCGACGUCCAUCCUUCUCCCGCUCCGAGCUCCAAGGCUUCCGCAGCAGCGUCAGAGUCGAUCCAGCAACAAGCAGCGUUGCGCAUGCGCCAGCACUCGAACAUCUCGAUCAUCAACGUCUGCACCGGCUUCGAACGCUCCUCGGACAUCAUCGAGACGUUCUUCCCCGCACCGUCACCUGCACAGUCCCAUGCCAGCAUCCUGGCGCUUCUCCGUUCGGUGCUGCGCUUCGUCGUGCUGCUCGUGCUGUGGCCGUUUAUCUGGCUGCUGGCCAAAUCGCCCGCCACGGCCGCAGACGGCAUCGUCUGGGCCACCACGCGCCACCUCGAACCGCUCUCGGCCCGCUUCGAUCGCAUCCUCGCCUCCCUCUCCCGCUCCCCUGCUCCCUCUUCUUCUUCUUCUUCGAGUCAAGAUCCGCACGAGGUGAGAAAGUGGCAAGACCAUCUCAUCCCCGGCGAACUGUACCGCGAAGGUCGCAUCGUUCGUCCGAAUCUGCCGCCCAGAUUCACGGAGGACAAAGACGCCUGGUCACAGCUCUGGAAGCAGACCGAACACGAUGUCGAGGCAAAAGUCAAGCAGCACGGCGGCCAGAUCAAACGGCCCGAUGUCUAG